CCAGCGGCAGCUGCGCUCAUGUUGUUGUAGCUACUCUCUCUCUCUGGAAAUAUUUUUCUCUUUCGAAAUAUUUCGUCUCUUGUUUUCGUCGCGGCCUGUACACAUCCUAGUAUCUAGCGUUUGGUAUCAUACCUUGUCACAAUAUCAAGUUAAACCGAGUAAUGGACUCAGACGAAGGGUACAAUUAUGAAUUCGACGAGGAGGAAGAGGAAUGCAGCGAAGACAGCGCCGAGGAGGAUCCCGAAGACGACACCCUGGAAGUGGAGUUGGAUGAUCCUGUUGUGGCCGGUGGAGAACGAGAUGAAUGUGGGGAGACCGGGGGCAGUGGCCUAGGGCCCGGUCAAGACGAAGAGGAUUAUCGGUUCGAGGUUUUGACUGCUGAACAGAUCCUUCAGCAUAUGGUCGAGUGUAUCAGGGAGGUCAAUGAUGUCAUCCAGAACCCUGCAACGAUAACAAGAAUACUUCUUAGUCACUUCAAUUGGGACAAAGAGAAACUGAUGGAAAGAUAUUUUGAUGGGAACCUUGACAAAUUGUUCUCGGAAUGCCAUGUCAUCAACCCCAGUAAGAAGUCGAGGACACGGCUGAUGAACACGAGGUCCUCUGCUCAGGAUCUUCCCUGUCAGAUCUGCUACCUGAACUACCCAAACUCGUACUUCACUGGCCUGGAGUGUGGACACAAGUUCUGCAUGCAGUGUUGGGGUGACUACUUGACUACCAAAAUCAUUGAGGAGGGGAUGGGACAGACAAUUUCCUGCCCUGCUCACAGCUGUGAUAUAUUGGUGGACGACAACACAGUCAUGAGACUGAUCACAGAGUCCAAGGUGAAGUUGAAGUACCAACACUUGAUUACCAAUAGUUUUGUAGAGUGCAAUCGACUGUUAAAAUGGUGCCCAGCGCCAGACUGUCAUCACGUAGUCAAAGUCCAGUACCCAGAUGCUAAGCCUGUGAGAUGCACAUGUGGCCGGCAGUUCUGCUUCAAUUGUGGCGAGAACUGGCAUGAUCCCGUCAAGUGUAAGUGGUUGAGGAAAUGGAUCAAGAAGUGUGACGAUGACAGCGAGACGUCUAACUGGAUCGCAGCCAAUACAAGGGAGUGCCCCAAAUGCCACGUGACCAUUGAGAAGGACGGCGGCUGCAACCACAUGGUGUGUCGGAACCAGAGCUGCAAGGCAGAGUUCUGCUGGGUCUGCCUGGGGCCCUGGGAACCACACGGCUCUGCCUGGUACAACUGCAACCGCUACAAUGAGGAUGAUGCCAAGGCAGCGAGGGACGCCCAAGAGGUAACACGGUCCAGGGCAGCCCUGCAGAGGUACCUGUUCUACUGCAACCGCUACAUGAACCACAUGCAGUCGCUGCGCUUCGAGCACAAGCUGUACGCCGGGGUCAAGGCCAAGAUGGAGGAGAUGCAGCAUCACAACAUGUCCUGGAUCGAGGUGCAGUUCCUGAAGAAGGCCGUGGACGUGCUGUGUCAGUGUCGCUCCACUCUCAUGUUCACCUACGUCUUCGCCUUCUACCUCAAGAAGAACAACCAGUCCAUCAUCUUUGAGAAUAAUCAGGCUGACUUGGAGAACGCUACGGAGGUUCUGUCUGGAUAUCUGGAGCGGGACAUCUCCCAGGACUCUCUGCAGGACAUCAAACAGAAAGUACAGGACAAGUACAGAUACUGUGAGAGUCGGCGUCGUGUGCUGCUGCAACAUGUGCACGAGGGCUAUGAGAAGGACCUCUGGGAAUACAUAGAAGAUUAAGGAUAGACUCUUUACUAAAAGAGAAACCUCUACAGACUAGAGAGCGCUGAUGCAAUGCCACGGGGCAGGUUGUUGCUGAUCUUCCCAAUAUUGCAUUUUUUUUUUCCUCCUCUUGGGUUUUGUUUAAUGGAAAAGUUUAAAAUAAAUUAUAUCAAAAUAAUAAAUAAUAAAAAAAAAAGUAGAAUAUUUCAAACAUUAAUCGUACAACAGUAUUGUUUGUAGCAGAUUGGAUUGUGAGGACAAAAAAAAAAGAACUCCCCCGCUUCUCUCAAUUGGUCACUAUUGUAACAUCAUCAUCACCCCCCCCCCCCCCCCCCCCACCCUGUUCAGUUUCCCAGUGAUGUAUUUUAUUUGUUUACUUUUUAAAGUACCCUUGUGUGGGACAUGGGUUUGUGUUCAACACAGUCCAACUGCCAUGUUCAUUAAAUGUGUUUAGAUCACAUGUAGGGUUUUUUGAAUGUUGAUUUGCUGAUUGUAAGGUGCUGAACCAUGUGGGUUGGCAGGAAACAGACCAUAGGGAGUGCAGGAAAAAGGAAACCUGUUUUUCAGUUUGUAAAUAACGCAUAUGCAUGGAACAGCAAGUGUGGCCGUUUUCUUUCGUUUGUCUUUUGUUUUGAAAAAUAUUUAUUCUUUUUUUUCAAAUAUUCAAUAUUGUUGCUGUGUAGAAGACAAGUUCGCUCCUGCUUUAAAAGAAAAUGUAUUCUUUGUGAGGGUUUUUAGAAGCUGUGUAGCUUCACCCAGGAGGACAAGGAAAGAAACAGUUUGAACGAGCGAUGAAACUCUGACCGGGUUGUUGUAGCUUUUUGAAAGCAAUUCUGACAAAAAAACAAAAUCCACCUAAAAGGACAGCAUUAGGUGAGAGAAUGAGACUAAAGAACAAACCAUCUUCUUCUUCUUUUUAACAGCAAGCCAGACUGUAGUUCAGGUAAUACAUUGAUUUAUUCAUAGUUGGAAUUGACCUUGCAACCUUCAGAGGUUAUCAGCUAAUUGCACCUGAGGGGGUUUUGAGAAAUGAACAGAGAAUGGACUUGGAAAGGACUCCGUUGUGUCCUAAGUGGCUCCAUAUUCUCUAUAUAGCACACUAUGGGCCCUGGUCAAUAGUAAUGCAUUGUAAAGGGAAUAGAGUGCCGUUUGGGAUGAAGGUAAUGUCCUGGUUGUUCUACCCCCCUCCCUCCCUCCUUCCUUCCCUCUUGUUUUUGUUCUUCCAUCACCACCCCUCCUCCUGUUUCUCCUUAGAAGUUGUAAUUUCUAGAUAACACACUACCAACUGUUUCAUGAGAGCCAAAUUGAGUGACAUUCACUCAUUUAAAAACAAAUAAACAAAUGUAUUUCUUUUUUCAGACUUGAGCUUUUCCUCAUGGUUUUUUGUUUGCACCUUGGUAACCUGGGAGGCGGUAGGGCACCUUGGUAACCUGGGAGGCGGUAGGGUACCGUGGUAACCUGGCAGGCGGUAGGGCACCUUGGUAACCUGGGAGGCGGUAGGGUACCGUGGUAACCUGGCAGGCGGUAGGGUACCGUGGUAACCUGGCAGGCGGUAGGGCACCGUGGUAACCUGGGAGGCGGUAGGGCACCUUGGUAACCUGGGAGGCGGUAGGGCACCUUGGUAACCUGGGAGGCGGUAGGGCACCUUGGUAACCUGGGAGGCGGUAGGGCACCUUGGUAACCUGGGAGGCGGUAGGGCACCGUGGUAACCUGGGAGGCGGUAGGGCACCUUGGUAACCUGGGAGGCGGUAGGGCACCUUGGUAACCUGGGAGGCGGUAGGGCACCGUGGUAACCUGGCAGGCGGUAGGGCACCUUGGUAACCUGGCAGGCGGUAGGGCACCUUGGUAACCUGGCAGGCGGUAGGGCACCUUGGUAACCUGGCAGGCGGUAGGGCACCUUGGUAACCUGGCAGGCGGUAGGGCACCUUGGUAACCUGGCAGGCGGUAGGGCACCGUGGUAACCUGGGAGGCGGUAGGGCACCGUGGUAACCUGGGAGGCGGUAGGGCACCGUGGUAACCUGGGAGGCGGUAGGGCACCGUGGUAACCUGGGAGGCGGUAGGGCACCUUGGUAACCUGGGAGGCGGUAGGGCACCUUGGUAACCUGGCAGGCGGUAGGGCACCUUGGUAACCUGGCAGGCGGUAGGGCACCUUGGUAACCUGGCAGGCGGUAGGGCACCGUGGUAACCUGGGAGGCGGUAGGGCACCGUGGUAACCUGGCAGGCGGUAGGGCACCUUGGUAACCUGGCAGGCGGUAGGGCACCGUGGUAACCUGGGAGGCGGUAGGGCACCUUGGUAACCUGGCAGGCGGUAGGGCACCGUGGUAACCUGGGAGGCGGUAGGGCUCCUUGGUAACCUGGGAGGCGGUAUGUAAUUCCCUUAAAGGGCUGUUUUAAACUUGAGUCAGUCAGCAUGACUACAUGACCUAGUCCCCUAAAGAAGUAGGAACUGUGACAGACCUGGCUGACAAGACGUACCCCAUAACUCCUCCCCUUUCUUUAUCUGUUCUGUAAAGGAGUAUUGUUAUCGAUAGCACCAUCCAGUUGAGCUAUACAAACUGCUUCGUGGGCUUUAAGGAACGAGUCUUGUCCGACAACUGCAUUUAAAAAAAAUAUAUAAGGACUGAGCAUAAAGCAGCGCUGAUGUUUUUGAGAUGUCUGUUGUAAAGCUUUGGCAUCUAGGCUAAACUAUGAGAGUGGCGUUUACACUGGUUGCUAGUCUGAAAUGCCACCCUAUUCCCUAUAUAGUGCACUACUUCUGACCACAGACCAAUGGGGAGUGGAGCCCUGUAGGCGAUAGGUUGUCAUUUGGAAAGCAGCCUGGGUUGUACCAACAUGGUAACAUGAUGCCAUUUUACCUUCAUAACACUUUCCAGUUUUAUACGAGCUUACGAGGUCCAAAACGAGACAAACCCGAGCCCAGAGAAGUGGCUGGACUAGUCACAGUGCUGUCCUCAGUCCGUGUUUGUUGGAAUACAUUUCUCAAUGCACUGUAGCCCUCGAGAAAGACAAGAGUCUGGCAUUUGACAUUGAUGUGGCUGACAAGACGGGAAACAAAGAUUUCUCUUUUCACCAAAGUGUGAAUGAUCUGAAAAUACUAUUUUUUAAUCUCUUUGUUUCUGAUACUUUCUGUGAAAUGGUAAGUUCAGACACAGUUGCUUUCAUGUAUUAUAACCAUUCUUACAAACAAAAUGUCCUAUUUAAAUAAAUGUCAUUCAAAA